AGAGAUCAGAGUCAGUGAAGCCCAGCAGUCAGUCUGCCCAGAGCCACCAGAUGAAACUAUCAUCCAUAUUCAAGCUGCUUGAAGACAUGCUUAUCAAGUUGGUGCAGGACAAGCUGGAAAAGCUCCAGGGUGAUCUGAAUCAGGAUUACCCAGAAUGCUUUGAGAGUCAGCUGGAGGAUCCUGAUGUCCUGGAUGAAGUCUAUAGGAUGCUGGAGAGCUGUGUCAGAGAGGGGGCUGUGAAGGUCAUAGUGCACAUCCUGAGGAACAUGAACCACAAGGAUGCUGCUGACACACUGGAGCAAAAUCUACUCCCGAGAAAGUGCCAGUAUAAUCUCAAAUGCAUUCUGAAGCAGAAGUUUGAACAUGUUUUUGAAGGGAUUGCCAAGCAGGGAAGUGCUACCGAUCUCAAAAAGAUCUACACAGAGCUCUACAUAACAGAGGGGGGAAGUGGAGAUGUCAAUAAUGAACAUGAAGUGAGAAAGGUUGAGAUGGCAUCCAAGAAACCAGCCACACAAGAGACUGCAAUCAAAUGCAAUGACAUCUUUAAACCCUUACCUGGACAAGAGAAGCACAUCAGAACUGUGCUGACAAAGGGGAUUGCUGGCAUUGGAAAAACAGUCUCUGUGCAGAAGUUCAUUCUGGACUGGGCAGAAGGAAAAGCAAACCAGGAUGUUGAUUUCAUAUUUCCUCUACCUUUCCGAGAGCUGAAUGUGAUGAAGUAUGGUAGGCAUAGUUUCAUACAAGUUCUUUACCAGUUCUUCCCAGAAAUCAAAGAGCUUGAAUCAAUUCAUCGCUGCAAGCUCUUGUUCAUAUUUGAUGGGCUGGAUGAGUGUCGGUUUCCCUUAGAUUUCCAGAAAAAUCAGGGCUGGUAUGAUGUCACAGAGCCAACAUCAGUGGACGUGCUGCUGACAAACCUCAUUAAGGGGAAUCUGCUUCCCUCUGCUCUCCUCUGGAUCACCACCCGACCAGCAGCAGCCAAUCAGAUCCCUCCUGAGUGCGUCCACCAGGUGACAGAGGUACGAGGUUUUAAUGAUCCCCAGAAAGAGGAAUACUUCAUGAAGAAAAUCAGUAACCAGAACCUGGCCAGCAGAAUUAUCACACAUAUAAAGUCAUCAAGGAGCCUCUACAUCAUGUGUCACAUACCAGUCUUCUGUUGGAUUGCAGUGACUGUUCUUGAGAAAAUGAUGGGUGAGACAGACAGUGGAGAAAUCCCUAAGACUCUGACUCAAAUGUACACACACUUCCUGCUCAUUCAGAUGAACAUAAAGAACCAGAAGUACGUCAAAGAACAAGAGGCAGAGCUCCACAGCCUGUUGAAGUCAGACAACAAAGUCAUUCUGAAACUGGGAAAGCUGGCUUUCCACAACCUAGAGAAGGGAAAUCUCAUCUUCUAUGAAGAAGACCUGAGAAAAUUUGGUAUUGACACUAGUAAAGCCUCACUGUUCUCUGGAGUGUGCACAAAAAUCUUCAAAGAGGAGUUUGGGCUGUAUCAGGGGAAAGUGUACUGCUUUGUGCAUCUGAGUGUUCAGGAGUAUCUUGCUGCUCUGUAUGUGUUUCUCUCAUACCAAAACCAGAACAGAAAUGUACUGAAGAAAAACCAAACCCAUAUCAGUAAAUUCAGUGGCGUAUUCAAGGACAUACCAAUGUCUGACUUCCUCAUGGGUGCAGUGGAGCAGGCCUUACAGAGUGAGAAUGGACACCUGGACCUUUUCCUCCGCUUCCUUCUUGGACUCUCACUGGACUCCAAUCAGACUCUCUUACGAGGCCUACUGACACAGACAAGAAGCAGCUCACAGAGCAUUGAGAAAACAGUCCAGUAUGUUAAAGAGAAGAUCAGGGAGAAUCUCUCUCCAGAGAGGACCAUCAAUCUGUUCCACUGUCUGAAUGAACUGAAUGACCAUUCUCUAGUGGAAGAAAUCCAAAGUUUCCUGAGCUCAGGAAGUCUUUUGAGAAAAGAGCUCUCACCUGCACUAUGGUCAGCUUUGGCCUUUGUGUUGCUGAUAUCAGAAGAGGAACUGGAUGUAUUUGACUUGAAGAAAUACAUCAUAUCAGAUAAAGUUCUUCUGAGGCUGCUGCCAGUGGUGAAGGCCUCUAGAACAGCUCUGCUGAACAGCUGUAACCUCAGUCAGAAAUGCUGUGAAGCGCUGGCCUCAGCUAUCAGCUCAAACUCCUCCAGUCUGAGAGAGCUGGACCUGAGUGACAAUGAGCUGCAGGAUUCAGGAGUGGAGCUGCUCUCUGCUGGACUGAGGAAUCCACACUGUAAACUGGAGACACUGAGGAUGAACAGCUGUAACCUCAGUAAGGAAUGCUGUGAAGCACUGGCCUCAGCUAUCAGCUCAAACUCCUCCAGUCUGAGAGAGCUGGACCUGAGUGACAAUGAGCUGCAGGAUUCAGGAGUGGAGCUUCUCUCUGCUGGACUGAGGAAUCCACACUGUAAACUGGAGACACUGAGGCUGAACAGCUGUAACCUCAGUAAUGAAUGCUGUGAAGCGCUGACCUCAGCUAUCAGCUCAAACUCCUCCAGUCUGAGAGAGCUGGACCUGAGUGACAAUGAGCUGCAGGAUUCAGGAGUGGAGCUUCUCUCUGCUGGACUGAGGAAUCCACACUGUAAACUGGAGACAUUGAGGCUGUCACUGUGUGGAGUCACAGAGAGAGGCUGUGCUUCUCUGGCUUCAGCUCUGCAUUCAAACCCCUCACACCUGAGAGAGCUGGAUCUGAGCUACAAUCACCCAGGAGACUCAGGAGUGAGAGUGCUCUCUGCUGGACUGGAGGAUCCCAACUGCAAACUGCAGAAACUGAGUGUGGACCAUGGUGGUGAAUGCAGGAUCAAACCAGGGCCGAGGAAAUAUGCCUGUCAGCUCACACUGGACCCAAAUACAGCCAAUCGGAAUCUGUGUCUGUCUGAGGGGGGCAGAAAGGUGUCAUGGAUGAGAAAAAAUCAACCUUAUCCUGAUCACCCAGACAGAUUUGGCUUUUGGCCCCAGGUGCUGUGCACAGAGGGUCUGUCUGGGCGCUGCUACGACUGGGAGGUUAAUCAUGCUGGGGACAGGUGUGAUGUUGGGGUGGCGUAUAAAGGAAUCAGCAGGAACGGACGGGGAGAUACAUGCCGCCUGGGACUCAAUGACAAGUCCUGGUGCUGGACUCUCUUCAAGGGCAGGUACUCUGUUUGGCACAAUAAGAAAGACACUCCUAUACCUGCCCCACCCGCCCCCUCCCGCAGAGUAGGAGUGUAUCUGGACUGGCCGGCCGGCACUCUGUCCUUCUACAGCGUCUCCUCUGACACACUGACCCUCCUGCACACAUUCCACACCACAUUCACUGAGCCCCUCUAUCCUGGGUUUUGGGUUGGUUCUGACUCCUCAGUGUCCCUGUGCCAGAUGGAAUAG